AUGGCCGGUGAAAUCUUCGUUGGUGAGUAUCUUUUUGAAAGAAUCCGCCAAUUGGGUGUAAAGUCUAUUCAAGGUGUUCCAGGAGACUUCAAUUUAACCUUGCUCGAUUUAAUUGAGAAUGUGGGUGAUGAAAGCUUCCGCUGGGUGGGCAACACAAAUGAGCUUAACGGUGCUUACUCCGCUGAUGGUUAUGCUCGAGUAAAGGGAUUGUCUGCCAUUGUCACAACUUUUGGUGUUGGUGAACUUUCCGCCAUUAAUGGUUUGGCUGGUGCGUACUCUGAGCAUGUCCCUAUUGUGCACAUCGUCGGUAUGCCUUCUACUAAGGCACAACGCACUGGUGCCCUUCUCCAUCAUACCUUGGGUAAUGGUGACUUUGGAAUUUUUGUCGAAAUGAACCGUCCUGUGAGUGCUUAUACCACCGUCAUUACGGAUGGAGAGAAUGCUUCAAAGGUUAUAGAUGAAGCCUUGACUAUUUGUUACCGUAAGGCUCGUCCAGUUUACAUUGGUGUGCCUGCUGAUGCCGGUUAUUUCAAGACUUCCUCGGAACCCCUCAGAUUUCCUUUGGAGAUUGAAGAACCCGAGAACGAUCCACUUUCAGAGCAAGAAGUUCUCACUACCAUUGUCGACAUGAUCGAGAAGGCAAAGAAGCCUGUCAUUUUGGUUGAUGCUUGCGCAAUUCGCCAUCGCGUCGUUCCUGAAGUUAAACAAUUGAUGGAGCUCACACGUUUUCCUAGUUAUGUGACUCCUAUGGGUAAGUCUGCAUUGGAUGAAACUUCGAAAUACUUUGAUGGUGUCUAUGUUGGCUCCAUUAGUGACCCCGAUGUGAAGGAGCGCAUUGAAUCAACCGAUCUUCUGCUUUCCUUUGGUGCUUUGAAAUCUGAUUUUAACACUGGUUCCUUUUCUUACCACUUGAGUCAACAGAAUUCAAUUGAAUUCCACUCUGAUCAUAUGAUAAUUCGUUAUGCUUACUAUCCCGACGUCUCCAUGAAGUAUGUGAUCCGUAAAUUGUUGAAUGUUUUGAACCCUGAAAAAUGUCACGCUAAAGCAGCUCCUGUCUUGGGUUACCAUAUUCAACCCAAGCAUGCAUCCGGUUACACCGAGAACGAUAUCACACAAAGUUGGUUCUGGCCUAAGUUUAGUGAGUUUUUGAAGGCCAAAGAUGUGGUUGUCACCGAAACAGGAACAGCCAACUUUGGUAUCUUGGAUUGCAGAUUCCCUCCUGACGUUACAGCUAUUUCACAAGUUUUGUGGGGUUCCAUCGGAUAUUCCGUUGGUGCAUUCUUUGGUGCAGCUUUGGGAGUUAGGGAUUCGGACGAACCCAAUCGUCGUACCAUUCUGGUGGUCGGUGAUGGCUCUUUGCAUUUGACGGUGACAGAAAUUUCAACCUGUAUCCGUCAAAACCUCAAGCCUAUUAUCUUUGUCAUCAAUAACGAUGGUUACACCAUUGAGCGUCUUAUUCACGGUCUUCAUGCCGGUUACAACGAUAUCAACACUCAAUGGCAAUACCAAGACUUGCUCAAGUUCUUUGGUGCCAAACAAUCACGUUCUUAUCGUGUCAAGACUCCUCAAGAUGUCGAGAAGCUUUUCAACGACAAGCAAUUUGCUUCUGCAGAUGUGAUUCAACUCGUAGAAGUGAUUAUGCCCAAGUUGGACGCACCUCGUAUUUUGAUAGAACAAGCAAAAAUGACAUCCAAGAUUAACAAGGAGUAA